AUGGCCUGUCGCGACCUCACAAAAGCAGAAAUAGCAAAAUCGCUAAUCGAAAAAGAAACUGAGUAUGAAAAAGAAAAGGGCUCGAUAAUAGUCGAACACCUUGAUCUUUGCAGUUUACAGUCAGUUCGUGAAUUUGUCGCUAGAAUACUUGCCAGUGAAGCCACAAUACAAAUACUUAUCAACAAUGCUGGUGUGAUGAUGUGUCCUGAAUCUAAAACGAAAGAUGGCUUCGAAACUCACAUAGGUUCGAAUCACUUUGCACCCGCACUUUUGACUCUGCUCCUACUACCAAGACUUAUACAAGACGGACCUUCUCGAAUCGUAUUCGUCUCAUCGAUGUUACACGAAAAAUAUAACUUCGACGUGGAUGAUUUUAACUUUGAGUCGAGACCGUACGAUGCUUACGAAGCGUAUUGCCGGAGUAAAGCUGCGAACGUUCUGUUUGCCAAGGCACUAGCUCUCAAGUUAAAGGAACACAAUAUUAACAACGUAACUACGUACAGCUUACACCCGGGUGUGAUCAGCACGGGAAUCGGUCGACAUUUGAACACAGCCAUGUGGACUGGAGCUUCGUGGCUCUUCAACAACGUUUUGUACUGGUUCAUAAAGUCACCUCGGUGCGGUGCUCAGACCAGUAUCUAUUGUGCCGUCGACGAGGAUUGUGCCAACGAAAGUGGUUUUUAUUACAGUGAUUGUACGAGAAAAACUCCCUCAAAACAAUGUCGAAGUGAUGAAGAAGCUUCUAAAGCAUGGGCAUUAACUACUGAAGUUCUCGAAAAUCAUCUGAAAAAUCAUCAACUUUCUCUUGUGCGAUCUUCCAUGUAAC